AACUGAAAAACUGACAAACGGUUAUCCCCGCGCCCGCCCCCAAUGAGGGCUCACCUCCUUCCUCUAUCCGCCCCAGUCUUCACUCGCCCUCUGCUCCCAAACCCUAAGCUGCCUUACCUCCGUCUUCACCGCUCGAUCAAGUCCCAGGUCGCUGCCGCUAAAAGCCACUGGGGCUCCGACUACGAUGAUUUCGAUCUCGAGGACGAUGAUUUCGGCAACGCGAACCAAAGGGUCUGGUGGUCCGAUUACGGGGACGACGAGCUCGGAUUCGAUGAAGACGGUGAAUUUUGGGUCUUCAAGAUUUUCAGAGCUUUUGGGUGGAUGCUUCCUGCAAUUGCAAUAUCAUUGCUACUGGGCACUGGCCCGAAUGCUUUCAUCAUGGCCUUAGCAGUUCCCUUGGGACAGAAAGUGAUCUCUGUAACAUUUGACAAGGUCUGGGGAUGGACGGUCGGUAGCCCAAGACCGAGCUCAAGGCCCAAGACCAGGAAGAAACCAUUUUCAAGGGCCACCAAUGAGACCAGAACGAGCGCCGGAAAGCAAGAAAAGGGACCGCGAGGGAGUUACCAAUCGUGGGUACCAGGGGACGGGUUGAAUGGAAGAGGCGACAGUAAAGGGCAGAGGUUUGGCGGAUGGGAUGAUCUGGAUGGUAAGACCAGGGCCAAUGAUUUUGUCAGGACAUCGAGAAGACAAGAAGAGGGGUCCCGAGAGAAGCCAAAGUCAGGGAAGUUGAGUCGGGUAGGUAGAGUGAGGGAAAGGCCGUUACUCCUCCGGCUGCUGGUUGCUGCAUUUCCAUUCUUGGGCUCGUGGAUGAGGAUUUUGUUUUGAUUCUAGAUUGGAUAAGUACUUUCUCUCUUGGUUGCUUGUGUACAAAACCCUUCGAGGUAAUUUAUGGAUAUUGUGCAAAAUCGAGAUGCAGUGGAUAUUAUUAUUUGUUUGAAUG